CUUCAAUUGCAUCAAAUUAUUAUUUUUCUUCCUGUCAAUUACAAUUUACGCUUUAUCAGAUAACUCAAUUGAAAAAAAUUAUUUAACGCUCUAUCGUCAAAAACAAAUUUUGGAAUCAAGAAUUUAAAUUGAAUUGAAGUGGAGUUGGUAAAGGGAGGAAAAAUAGACGAAAAAUCUGGAACUUUUACCAGACAGACAAAAAGCCAUGCGAGUUCGGAAAAAAUUACUCGACAUCAACAAAUCAAGAGAAUUUCGGCAACGAAAAAUUUUGUUUUCGAUUUUGAAAAUCCUCUAAAUUUGAUGAGUGUCGUCAAGAAAAAUUCAAAUUCACAAGUCUCGUCAAAAAUCGUUAAUACAAAGGGGAAGGAAAAAAUAAUAUCAUUAUCAACUUUUCCUCACGUAAUUUCUGCUAAUUUCAAUCAUAGUAAUAAAGAAAAGAAACAUUUUAAUUAUCGUUCACCUAACAAUGGAUUACCAUCAAUAUCAAUACCUCAACAUUAUUGUCAAUUAAAUUCGUCAAAAAAAUUCCAAUUAAAUUUAAAAAAUAAAAACACUGAUGAAAGCAAUUUAAAAUUUUCAUCACCAACAAUCAAUGACAAUUCAAAUUGGCAAAAACUACGUCAAAGAAAUUUAAAUAAAAUUAAUAACGAAAAAAAUAUGGAAAUAAAAGAAAUAUGCAAAAAUUUCGAUCAAUUUAAAUUGCAUGAAAAUUUCAAUGAAUAUAAAAUUAAUAAUAAAAAAAAUCAUAUACAAUCGCUAAUUAAGAAAAAUUCAAAAACCAACAUACAAACAUAUCGCAUAUUAAAAAUUGCUGAAAAUAAAGGGAAGAAUAUUAAUUUAAAAAUAAAUAACAACUCUUCAAAUAUCGGGGAAUAUUUUGCUAAAUUUGGUCAAAAUAUCGAUCAAUUAAAAAAUGAAUCGAACCAAGAAAUAUCAUCAUCAAUAAAUAAAGAAAAAAUUAAUGAUUUAUUUAAAGAAAUUAAUAUUUUGGAAAUUGGAUUUGAUUUACCAGUGAAAAAAUAUUCUCAAAUUUCAAUGAAAAAAAAAUCCCUAGAUCAGGAAUCACAAUCGUCAAAUCGUUUGAGUUUUAAGGAGAAAGAAAAAAUUUUGAAAAAACUCAUAACUAGUGAUUGUGAAUAUAAAGAAGAAAAUAAUGAUACAGUUGAAAAUGAAGUUAAUAACAUUCAACGAGAUAAUUCUACUUCGAAUAUGUUGAAGAGAAUUUUAAAAUCUGAUUAUUUAAAACAUCAAUUAAAUUUGUGAGUUUCUUUUUUGUUCUAUAAAUAUUUUUUUUUGUUAGAGUAACUUUUUUCUUCAUUAGUUGUCAUUCUAUGUAAUGUCGAUAAAGUAGAUAAAAUUUAUGCGCCA